UUAAAUAAUAAAAUUUCUUUCAUUCUUUAUCUAUAAUUUUGCCAUUGCCAAUAUAGAAUAGAGAAUGCAAUGCAACGUGUGUUGUCUGUGGUUAGCGUCUUUUCGUCAAAGUACGAGGCAAAACUGUGACGUUUUUUUUGGAUCUUUUUAGAUCUAUUUUGAUGGCAGUCAUAUUUUGCGAUUGAUGUGUACUCUAAUUUAAAAAUGAGUGACUAUCCUUCUAUGGCUACGCUUCAAAAUAAUAGUCAAACGGCGGGAUAUGUGGAUGCUCUUCAGCGUGCAAAAUUGGUGGCGGCUAAAAUAAGCAGUACUAAGAGACCUCUAGAAGACGGAUCAGAACCUAUUUCAAAAAAAUCAGCUUCUCUCGACUCCUAUCAACAACAAUCAAUGAGUGCGACGGCGGCAGCAGCAGCGGCGGCGGCGGCGGCCUCGGCCCGCAUCGCAGCAUCCAGCGGAGCACCCGCGCCCCCCCUCGGGCCCCCCAACGUUAUGCAGGACCAGACCAUCAACGAGUACAUCCGGGUGCCCGACAAAAUGGUCGGACUUAUAAUAGGACGCGGCGGUGAGCAAAUCACGCGGCUGCAGGCAGAGUCCGGGUGCAAGAUACAGAUGGCCCCAGACUCGGGCGGACAGCCUGACCGCGUCUGCACACUCACGGGAUCCAGGGAGGCCAUACAGAGAGCCAAGGAAUUGGUGAACCAAAUUGUUAACCACAGAGGGAGAGAGAACGCCCCACAGCAUCAGGACGGCAAUCCGAAUGUGGGCAACAUGCCCCCCAUGCCUCGUGGAGGAGGUGGUGGCUUGGCUACAACGGAAGAGAUUAUGCUGCCAGGGCCCAAAGUAGGCUUGAUCAUUGGCAAAAAUGGAAAAACAAUUAAACAGUUGCAAGAGCAGUCGGGGGCCAAGAUGGUGGUCAUACAAGAUGGACCCAACACUGAAUAUGAGAAACCCCUGCGUAUAUCGGGGGAGCCUUCAAAGGUGGAGGUGGCCAAGCAGCUAGUAUUCGAGUUGCUGGCCGACAAGGAGAUGCCCGCGAGACCAUACGACGACUACGGGCAAGAUCACGGAGGACACAAUAAUAACUCCACAGAGGUAUUAGUGCCUAAAAUAGCAGUCGGGGUAGUCAUAGGAAGAGGCGGUGACAUGAUCAAGAAGAUCCAAGCGGAGACGGGCUGCAGGGUACAGUUCCACCAAGAAAGAGAUGAUGGACCGGGAGAUAAGAGAUGUUACCUCCAAGGAAAACCACACCAAGUAGAUCAAGCAAGGCAAAUGAUUGAAGAUUUAAUAUCCAGUGUAAAUAGGCGGGAACAGGAGUUGCGGUCGGGCCCGAUGCGCGGGGGCGGGGGCGGGGGCGGGGGCGGGCCGGGCGGCCCCGGGGGCCCGGGCGGCGGGCCGGGGGGCGUCGGGGGCCGCGGGGGGCAGCGCAACGGGGACCGCGGGGACUACCCGCAGUGGCAGGACCACGAGAUACGGGUCACCUUCACCAUGUCCAACGCCAAGUGUGGCCUGAUCAUCGGAAGAGGGGGUGAAGUAAUAAAGCAGAUUAACGCCCAGUCGGGCGCCCACUGCGAGGUGGACCGGCGAGCGACCGGCGCGGACCGCAACAAUAGGACUUUCUAUAUCAGGGGCCAUCCCGACGCCGUCGAUCACUGCAAACGGAUCAUCAUGGAGAAAGUCGGCAUGCCUAUAAACUUCAUCCAAGACGGCGCGAACGGCGCGGGGGGUCCUCCCGGAGGCGGGGGCGGGGGCGGAGCUCCCGGAGGGGGCGCCGGUGGGGGUGGCGGCGGGGGAGGAGACUUCUACGGGGGCCCGCCCGCCUGGGGGUACAACCCGCACUGGCACAACCAGCCCCAACCACAACCGCAACAGCAACAGGUGGCCAUAAACCCUGCGACCGGUCAGCCCGACUACUCGCAGCAAUGGAUCGACUACUACCGCUCGCUGGGCUUCAACCAGGAGGCCGAGGCUAUAGAGCAGCAGGCCAAGCAGCAGCAGCAAGGCAUGCAGGGGGGCGGAGGCGGAGGCUCCAGCACCCCCGCGCCCCCGUCAGGCGGCGGGGCCGGGCCAGGGGCGGGCCCCGGGGCGGGGGCGGGCGGCGGGGCCGACUACAGCGCGCAGUGGGCCGAGUACUACCGCAGCAUCGGGAAACUCAAGGAGGCGGAGGCCAUCGAGGCGCAGAUCAAGAUGAAGCAACAAGCGGCCUCGCAGCAAGCCCCGCUGGCGCCGACCCCGCCGGCCGGGCCCGGGGCGGGCGGGCAGGGCCAGUACCAGUACCCCGUGUACCCGGGCGGAGUGUACCCCGGGUACAACUACCCCGGCUACCCGCCCGCGCAGCCUAGCCAGCCGGACCAUCAGCAGUGAGCGGUGAGCGGUGAAUUCCCGCGGACGAGUCAGUGCGGAGCGCGACGACUUCCCAAUAGAUUGUAGAACUUUGUAAUUAAGUAACACAUUCGUGCAAUCGUGAUUUUCCAACACCCACAAUAAAUAAUCUCGUAAAAGAAAAUUAACUUGAUAAGUAAAAUGAAAGCUUUCAAUAAAAUUCAAUUAGAUAGAUCGACAUGCGGUACGUUCUUCCAUUUUCGUGUAUUAGCAAGUUAUUUCUUGUGGGUCGCCAGUCAGGUACCACUUACUUAGAAAUUAGAAAUAACUACAUUUACUCGCAUAAUUUCACGGCUCUGUGGUCUAUUUGUAUUUACUGAUAUCCCGAUUUGUGUAUUGAAAAUGUUUUUGUAUUAUGUUAUGGUAAUAUCGCCUUUAUGUAUCAAAUGUUGACGUGUCAGUCUGUCCAGGUUAAAAGUAAAUGCCACACUGCCUUUAAAGAUAUAACAGAAUCCGGGUACCACGGAGCUGUAGAGAAACAAUGUCGAAAUGAGUGAGGUACUUCGCGCCGCGAGGACUCGAGGUAACUGCACUGUACGUACGAACGUUUGACAAACACACACACACAGACAAUGAUUUAUCCAUGUGUAACCACGGAUCUGAUGGAAUGUAUCGUUUCAUAACAAAAAGCUUUUUUUUUAUAGUAUUAAUAUGUAACAGUGUAUCCUGACGUGAAACCGAACGUUUCGUACCGAGAUUUAAUUAAUUAUGUUCUAAGUGUUAAGGUUAGGUGUAAAAUUAUUGAAACUGAACGACGCUAUUUCAGCUCGCUAGGUUGUAAACGUCUCAGUUGAAUUUAUGUAUAUUUUUCAAUUAGAUUCAUCUACGAAACUCUUUUUAUGUAAGCGUAAAACGGAAAGAGGACGAUCGAUGUAAGCGGAGCCGCAUUCCUCGGAUAUUGUUCAAUUACUUGCGAGUCGUCACCGGAGGUCGCACCACGGGCGAGCCCGUCUUGUAUUAACUUUUAAGAUAUAAAGUGUAUGUUGAUUCACUAUUGUGUGUUCAUUUUAUUUCUAAUGAUGAUUUCUCUCCACAGUCCCCGGGGUAAGUAAUCCUAUGGUUAAACCGUGCUGCAGCCUUGACACGUGCUUACGAUUUGUCUAUAUAGUAUAGUAUUGACCACUUCCAUCUUCGCAUAAGAGAUUUAUAUGUCUCUAUUAUUAUUCCUUUUCUACCAUAGGUUGCCUGGAAGAGAUUGCUGUUUAGCAAUAAGGUCGCCUAUUGUAUACUCUUCUUCAUUUUAUAAGUUUAUGUCUUGUGUCCUUUAUUGUGUGCAAUAAAGAAAAUUAUUAUUUAUUUUGAUACUUCAUGCUGUGUAUACGGUGUCAUGUUUUAUUUCCAAUUUAUAUUUCUUGUGACUGUAGGUUUUUAUUUAAUUUAUAGGAUUUAUCAGUAGUAACUUGAUGCAUUUAUGUGACUUGUAAACGGUAUGUUUUGCAUUUUUACAAUGUGCCUUUCACAGUGAACAGUCAGUCACCCCCAGAUACAAAAUGGCGCGGUUGGACGCAAUCGCAGGCCGCAUCGUGCUAUAUAACGAUACGUUUAUUUCUUAAUUAAUGUCCAAUGUUCUUAUAUAUCUGAUUUUACCCGGAAUUUACCUAUUAGAUGUGUACCUGUAUACAUGUACUGAUUUCUGAUGCCUAUUUUUUGAUAUAUUUGAUCUUUGAAUGUGUUGCUAUGUCUCAUUAUCUAUCAUCUUGUGAUUACAUCACUGCAUCAUUGUUGUGAGUCUGUUAAAGGUGGGAGACGAGAUAAUUGCUAGUAAUGAUAGACAAACGUAACUUAAACCCCCCUCGGAUAAAGUUGGAGACGGCUGACUAUGUUUGGAUGGUGGUGGUACAUUUGGUAAGUAUUAAAAAUCAAAAUUGCUCUGAAUAUGAACUGCAUUAUUCAUGGAAAGACGAUUCUAAACUGUAUAUUACUGUGAACAAAGCUCAGAAUGGAAUAUUCAAUGGUAGCCUUUUACAAACAGGCGUACUUGAGGGGCCAUCUUAGAUACCAACCAACAAACAACAGGGCCGGAUUUAGAGGUGUCCUCCACACCAGGCCCCCUCAGCCGGCCUAUUCGCUAACUUUUUUGACAUUUACAGUUUAUAACUAAACGGGAAAAAAUGCAAAUCUAUCGAUGCUUUUCAGAAAAAGUAUCUUAAUGGCGUCAUAAAGAAGCAGUAGUGGAUCACUAAAUAGCUUAGUGAUUUUCACUUUCAUCUGUCAAAAGUAGUUAGCGAAUAGACCUUCUGGGCCCUAUUUUACCAAGUCGACUUGUAACAUUUUGUUACAGUUGUAUCUUAUUGUGUUAUUGUUAUCAUACUUCAACGACAAUAAUGUUGUAUUGUCAGUAAUUCAUAUAAUCAGGGCUGUGUCAGAUUUGCGUUACUUGUAGUGGUUUUCGUACUGUUGUUAGUUACAAAAUGGCUCACCGCGAAAGCUUGAAAAGAUCGAGUUAUUAUACAAGAGAAUUUAUAAAGAAUAAAUAAAUUUCUCCUUUGAUAUCACUGAUUUUGCGUUCAUACUGUCACAUGUGUCUACUUGGUGAAAUAGAGUACUGGAAAUAGGGUACCGAUAGCUUUCAUCUUAAUGGUACAAUUUUUAGUACAGGCUUUCAAUUAAUUUUGCUUAUUUUCAUACGAUAGGGCAGCAAAAAGAAAGAAAAAAUAUGGCUAUUUUUUCGGUACCUACUACUUGUGUGGGACAUUAAAUAAGGGGAGGGUGUAUUUUGCAAAAAAUAAAUUACGAGUAUUGAUUAUAAUAACAAGUUUAUAUUCUAACACAUGAUAACAUAAUUAUUUACAAUAAUUUUAUAUAUUAACGAUGUCAUUACCAACCAAUUUUUAAUGUGAUAGGUAAUAAUGAUUGGGUUUAGGAUGUAUGUCUAUGUAUGUACUUAUUAUUUUUCAGUACCUAUUUGUAUUAUUUUUUUUAUGGUUUUGAUACAAUAUUUACACAUAAAUGAUUGAUGAAUACUACCUUAGUGCUUUACCUAUUUUUUGGUUGACCUGUUAUUUUUUUUACUUUGGACAUUUUUUUAGUACUGAUUAUUUGAAUCACCACUUUUUCAUAGAUGAACAUUCCUACGUCGGUGAAAUAAAUCAUCUGCAGUUAGCCCAUAUUGUUUUAUUUCUACAUGGUCCUGUCAGACCCCCUCUUUUCCAGUGGGGCACUUUGGGCAAGUACCCAGGGCCCCGCGAUCGAUAGGGGCCUCCCUCAGAUCAAAUACAAAGUUCCUAGUUCCUGUCAGAUCACCAAACGAUAACCAAUAUUUAUUACCAAAAAACUUAUGUAACCGAACCUAAAUUACUGACUACAAUACCAACUUACUAGCUUUUACAUAAGCGAAGCUAUUCGACUCUCGCCCAAAAAUUAGGCAUUUCGACUUCAUCAUGCUUAGAAUUUAAAUAUACAUUUUAUGGUAUACUAAGCACAUACACAUUCAAAGAAAAAUCAUCAGUAGUACACUCAUCAGUAUGACUCGCUCCAUUUCAAGUCAUAAUCCACAUCAAAGUAAUAGGGGCCCCAUUAUCCUAAUAUGCCCAGGGCCUCCAAUAGGUUAAAGACUGCACUGGGUCCUGUUACUAAAAUAAACAAUUAAAAUUUAUAUAAAAUCAUUGCUGCUAUACAAUUUAAAGAAUGGCUACUAGAAUGAAUAUUUUUAUUAGGUAUAGCGUCAUUUUCUUAGGUAUCGUUCCAGUCAGUUUUCUUAUUUCUUGGUGUCAGUGUCAUUAUUUGUACAUUUAUCGUUUAGUUUAUCUAAUGUUGAUAAGAUGAUUGGUGCUUGCAUAAAGUGAUGGAUGAUAUAAAAAAUGGGUGCGUGUACUUAUGUAGGCGCGUGAGAAGUUAUCCUUCUUUGGCAUCGUUUAAAAUUAGUUUUUAAUUGCAUGCAAAUAAGUAAUUACAAUAAAUUAAUAAAAAGUCUGGAAAAGGACACAGUCAAUAAAGUUCAGUUUUAAUUUGAAAAAAUAAAUAAAUAAUCAAAAUAUUCAAUUAAAAUCGCUACUGAAUAUAAUUUAUUAGAACAUAUUAUUAUGUGAUUUGCACUUGUAUGAAACUCAAACACGUAUUCCGAAUAUACAAACUAGAAACAUGUGGAUAAAUAUGUAUUAUAAAUAUGAAUACCUAUAACUGUUACUUUAUUACAAAAAAUAAAGAUGUGGUUUUUGGUUCUACUACACCAAUGGUCAAGAGAUGGCGCUGUAGUCUCCUGAAUCGCGCUUUGGUUCCGUUGUUCCAGAUUAAUAAAUACUUUUGUCAGGCCUUCACAAUGCAGUCGUUAGCACCCACUAAAUAGAGAUUCUAUUUCUAUUUUCUUGGUAGAUUUUCUUAAUGUGCGGUAAACACAAAAGUAACGCAUGAAGUUGGUCGCUAAAGCGAUCAACUUCAUGCUGUUAAAAUUUUGUGUUACAGUGAUGCGCGCGCAUCUUAAAAUUUCACUCUCAUCAUUUUUUCAUAACGCGCCUAAAGAAGUAUAACUUCAAAAACUUGCGCAUCUCUUCUUGUAGAAUAACAUCAUCUGUUACUCGAUCACAACGGUUAAAAUAAAGCUUUUGAAUUCGCGUUGUCGUGGCUGUUUAAUUGUGUGUAGGUAUUCUUCAUAAAUAAGUUUGUUCUCGAGCAUGACUGUAAUGCUCGGGAACAGACUUAAACGAGCUGAGCGUUUUCAUUAUUCUACCGUCCAUUUCAUGACAACGGAACAGGGCCGGAUUUAGAGGUGCCCUCUACCCCAGGGUGCCAUACGCCUAAGGGAAAUGCUUUGGAAAACGCUAACGCUUUCGAUUUCAUUUCUUUAAUUCUGACCGCCGAAGGUUUUCCGAUACCUCACGCUCAUUUUUUUAAAUAUUGUUAUUACCAAUGCAAAAGAAAAAAAAAGAGCGCGAGGCAUUCGAAAACCUCAGGCGGCUAGAAAUAACAAAAUGAAAUCGUAAGCGUUAGCGUUUUCCAAAGCAUUUCCUUUAGGCGAAUGGCCCCCUGGCCUCCUCAACCGGCCUAUUCGCAAACUUAUUUGACAUUUACAAUGUGUAACUAAAGAUUGCAAUUCCAUCGAUGCUUUUCAGAACAAGUUAUUUUAGUGGCGUUAUAAUAAAGCAAUAAAUAGCUCGGUUAUUAUCACUUCCAUCUGUCAAAAGCAGUUAGCGAAUAGGCCUACUGGUCUUUGUUUGGUGACCUGUUGCAAUUAUUUUUUGAAUUGUGUCGUGAGGGCCCUUGGGCCGCCUGCGCUGCUUUUAAAUCGUCCCUGAUGACGAAUAAAACCUGAAAGACUCUUAGCUUAACCCUCCCCAUUACCUUGCCUACGGAUGAAGAUGAAGGAGGAACUCGAGAUGGAAGAUUAUUGGUCACCCAUCCAAUGACUGAAAUUUGCUUAACAUCAACGAUCGCAGCCGAAUGCGCUAACGACCCGCGCCAUCAAACUCCGUAUCUGAGCUUAGUCUUCGUUUAUUAAUAAGGGGGUAUGAGUUUUGCAAGUCUUCGCAUGGCUUAAGACUUAAGUGAUUGUUUCACUCGAUAUCUAUUCCUUUUUGCAGCGUGUGAGGCGUCGCCUGACCUUGGCACGAACCAAUAUCGAAUUAGAUCUCGAUACACGUCAAAAGUCAAGGAGUUUUGCAUUUGUAUGGAAAUCUGAACAGCGCCACAACGGACGGUACGAGAAUUAAAAAUCUUCCAUACAAAACUUGACAUUUGACGCGUAUCGAGAUUUUUCAACACUAGAAUUUUAGGGCAGAUAUUUGUGGUAAAAAGGUUAAUAUCUCGUUGGCGAGUGUUCUGUGGAUGUUUGAGAGGUAAGGGAGGCUGUGGAAACGCUCUCGGAGCGGAUCAUUCUGGACAGCCUCGACAGCGGAGCGGUCGCCCACGGCUGCAGCGGACUGCUCGCCUCCAGGACUGGCGAUACUCUGGAACAUAUCCGUGAAUGCGUAACAGGGACUUGUGGUUUCCUUCAUACAGUGCGAUACAGAUUUAAUGGAUGGUUGUGGAUUUAGCAAAGAGCGCUAACUUCACUAUGCACAGAUUUUUUAAGUUUAAUGUAAAGUAAACCCCGUGAGCAUCUACUUAUUGUAUAUUUCAAGUCUCCCUCGUGUGGACUGCCGCCGUAGGCAAAUUUGAUUAAAAAAAACUGAAGUGGGGGAUUGCCACCGGAGGCCAAAAUAUAAUCAUAGGAUUUCAUUCCCACGGGUGCAACUGGGAAUAAACUUACUUUCUGCGUACUACGCCGGCCCCGACUUAUGCUAAAAUUGUUCAACUCGAUGCCAUGGAUUUUUGUAUUCUUGCAUUGCACACAUCUGUUUUUUUAUUAAAUUGGUGUCCACCAGUGGGUCACGGGAUAGCCAAUUGAAGAACUUACGGGUGGCGGCAAGGGGCGCGAAACAUGCUAGUUGGCGAACUACCCUCUCCCAUAGGGCUACAUUCAUACCUGGUCUAUAAAAAGUUACAACCUAAUAUCACUCACCUAUUUCGUCGUGGCCGAGCAGUCUUUGGACGAGCUCUCUUUUCGUGUUUAGGUGGUGGGGCUGAAUCAGGCGGAGCACUUUCCACAUCGGCCCCGCUACCUCUACCUGAAUAUUGUAUCAUGAAAAUUAGCAGCAACUGAUAAGGCAAACAUAUUAGAAGUUAAUCCCGCCGUAGUAAAAGAAGGUCAUGCCAAUGUAGCUGGUAGAGCCAUCGCCUUAAAUCUCUUAUGCACUUGACUGUUCGUGUUUGGUAUUCUUGGUAUUUGCAGAGAUAACAACAGUCUCUCCCUUUCAUUCUCUAUAGAGUGUGAUAAGGACAACCUCCACAAAAAAGAGAAAAAAAAGCACAACCUGCUGUCAAAAUGACAAAAACAAACAUGAUUAGUGAAGUGCAGUGUGACCAGAUUUAAUAGGUAUUUGUUUUUGAAGGUAUAUUGGCGGAGGUUAGUAUUUUCGGGUAUAUUUUGGAUAAAAAGUUAUGCCGACAGCAUAGCGAUCGUCCCGCGAACAUUCAGUUCUCAAAUCUCUAAUUCAGUCUUUAAUUUAUUUAGGAUCAGUGGUCAGCAAGUUACAGAAAGUACAUGACAGGCAAAUCGUCUAAGAGCUAAGAAUAUUCUGUUGGUUUAAUCUUUUAAUGAAUUCAGGAAUUCCUCAAAGUAGUAAAAUUCUAACUUAAUUAUAUAAAAAGGCCUAACUUCAUCACUAUACAUUGCAUUAGAAUAUUGUACCAACUUUGUUCGUGGUACCAUGUGAGUACAAAAUAAACUUACUGGCAUGGAAACUGUAUAACGCGGUGAUAUCACGGACUGCUAAAAAAUAUUCCCAGUUAUCAUACAUCGGUGGUCCACACACAAUUAGGGCAUCAAAAUUGCCCUUAAAUGCUUAGGUGUAUGUAUGUCUGCUGGUCCUGCUUAGUCAAUAACUGAAUGAUAAGCAACAUAAUUGACGUGACGUUCUUCGUUGCUACUUACCAACUACAUACAAAGAGUGUUCUUCUGUGUGAGGAUACCCUGUAGCUUGUUGUAUGCAAAGGGGUCUCGCUGCCUUUAAACGGUCCUCCUCGUGUCUUCGUCCAAUUGCCCUGUAAAGAAAUGUAGGUAUUUAAAAAUAUUGUUCCCUAACUUAAAAAAAAAUGUGUGCGUGUACUAGUGUACACACGUAAGAAGUGAAACUUCUUUAUGGCCUUAUUUUUUUCGAAAAAUGAUCUACAUGCAACUUUCCAGAAAUAUAUAUAUAGGCGUGCGCUAAGAUUUUUCAAAAACUCACCCACUAAAGGGGUAUAACUACACCUUACCUUACCUUGUGUGAAACACGAAUAUUUGCUGUCGAUACUUUUUUUUUAAAGUUGACAGAAGAAGCAAUUGUUCGGAUGAG